AGAGUGACGUGCAGUGCAUACAGCUAUGGCAGCCCGGGAGAAUGUCAGUUUGCUCUUCAAGCUGUAUUGUUUGUUGGUAAUGACUCUGGUGGCUGCUGCAUAUACUGUGGCUUUACGAUACACAAGAACAGUAACAACUGAAAUGUACUUUUCUACAACGGCUGUUUGUGUGACUGAAGUUAUAAAGUUAAUACUGAGUGUAAUUAUCCUGGCAAAAGAAACUGGCAGCGCUAGUAGAUUGAUCAGUUCUUUAAGGGCGAAUGUGUUGGGAAGUCCAAUGGAGAUGUUGAAGUUGUCUGUACCUUCCCUGGUGUAUGCUUUGCAGAACAACAUGGCCUUUGUGGCUCUUAGUAAUCUUGAUGCAGCUGUGUACCAGGUGACUUAUCAGUUGAAAAUCCCGUGCACUGCUUUAUGUACAGUGCUGAUGUUAAACCGCUCAUUAAGUAAACUUCAGUGGCUUUCUGUUUUCAUCUUAUGUGGAGGAGUCACUCUAGUCCAGUAUAGUCCAGUAGAGACUACUAAAGUUCAGAUUGAACAAAAUCAUUUGUUGGGAUUGGUUGCUGUGGGCAUUGCAGUGCUGUGCUCAGGAUUUGCUGGAGUGUAUUUUGAGAAAGUGUUGAAGAGUUCAGACACUUCCCUAUGGGUGAGGAACAUCCAGAUGUACAUCUCUGGCAUCGUAGUGACACUAGCUGGUGCCUUUCUUUCUGACAGAGAAGGCAUUAUGGAAAAGGGCUUUUUCUAUGGCUACAAUCACCUUGUCUGGUUUGUAAUUUUACUGGCUAGUGUUGGUGGCCUUUAUACUUCGGUGGUGGUAAAAUACACAGAUAACAUCAUGAAGGGCUUCUCUGCAGCAGCAGCCAUUCUCAUAUCAACCAUUGCCUCAGUGUUGCUGUUUGGCUUACAGAUAACAUUAACCUUUGCGAUUGGAGCCCUGCUUGUAUGUGUGUCCAUAUAUACCUAUGGAUUGCCCAGGACAGACACAACAAAGCUUGAAAUACAAGGGCCCAGCAGUAGCGCCAAUGAGAAACUAAUCCACGUAUGAUUAACAUCGAAGGACUUGAUUGUGUAGACAGUGUAAUAUCUGUAUUUCUAUUGAUGUUUCAGUCCAGAAGGUCAGGAGCUACCAUUGCAGUAGUGGAUACUGCUCAGCUAUGGAAAGCAUCUCUGCAAGUGAAUGUAAAAUAUGCAGUGCCAUUUGAAGCACAGAUCAAUCAAAAGUUUCUCAUACUGUAUCAAGUGAUUAUGUAUAUAGUAUAUUAUGAUGAUCGGAUUUGUUAAAUUAAUGUAUUAAACAUUCCAGCUUCGAAGUGGAAUGGACAGACUAUGAGAAGGCAUGUUUGGAGU